GAAUUCAGAAGAAAGGGAAGACCAGUGAAGUGAACAGUGAUUAUAACGAAAAGAGGAGCACAAUAAUAAUGGCGUCUACACAAGAUAUAUUCACAGAUUUCCAAGAAUAUCUCAACGCCGAUCAUGAGUUGCGUGAGGAGAUUCGGGUCGUGACGCGGGACAUGAACCAGCUGGUGCGGGAGAUACAGACGGUGCUGCAGGUGAUCCACCAGCCCGCACAGGGCACGUCUAUGGCAGAGCUAUGCAAGACGGCGGAAGACAUGUUUGGGAAGGGGAAAGAACUCUACCGGCAGCUGGCGGAGAAAAUUCCCGAGAACCAAUAUUACAGGUACAGUGACAUGUGGCGGUUCGUGAGCCAACGGUUCGUCUACCUGGCUGGGCUCAUCGUCUUCCUGCGAGAUGGGAGGCUGGUUACGCGUGAGGAGGUGGCUGCUCUCUUAGGAGUGGCGGUGCAAAGAGAGGACGGCUUCCACAUAGAUCUUGAUGACUUUCUCAUGGGGCUGCUCAACAUGACAAACGAACUUUCUCGACUAGCAGUGAAUGCGGUGACCUCUGGUGACUACGAGCGUCCCGUCCAGAUCUCACGGUUCGUGAGUCAGCUGGACGCUGGGUUCCGCGUCCUGAACCUCAAGAACGACGCGCUGCGGAAACGCUUUGACGGCCUCAAGUACGACGUGAAGAAAUGUGAGGAGGUCGUCUACGACCUGACCAUACGCGGUCUGGUGGGCGCACACAACAAGGAUUGAGAGAUGGGCGACCGGUGGAUGAACGCGACAAGGAUUGACAGAAGGACCAUAUGCGGACGGUUGGACGCACGCAACAAGGAUACACAGAUGGACGACUGGUGGGUGAACCGUACUAGGAUUGAGAGAUACGCGACUGAUGGAACACAACAAGGAUUGACAGAUGGACCAUACGCAGAAUGAUGGAUGAACGCAACAAAGAUUGACAGACUGAUGAACACAACGAUGAUUGACAGAUGGAUGACUGGUGGAUGAACACAACAAGGAUUGACAGAUGGGCGACUGGUGGAUGAACACAACAAGGAUUGACAGAUGGAUGGACAACCAGGAUAAAUAGAUAGAUAAAUUACACUUUAUUGAUCCUUGUAGUAGGGGAAUUUUGGGUUACCGGAGGGAGGGAAUGUAAUGGAGUGGAUAAAUGGAGUGAGUGAGUGAAUCGGUGAGGGUAGUUGAGAGGAUGAGCGACGGAGUGAGUGAGUGAAUGAGUCGGUGAGUGUAGCUGAGUUGAGCAGAUAAAUGAGGGAGUGAGUGAGUGAAUGAAUCGGUGAGGGUAGUUGAGAGGAUGAGAGACAGAGUGAGAGAGUGAGUGAGUCGAUGAGUGUUGUGGAAUGGAUAAAUGAGGGAGUGAGUGAGUGAUGGAGUGAAUGAGUCGGUGAGUGUAGCUGAGUUGAGCGGAUAAAUGAGGGAGUGAGUGAGUGAGUGAGUGAGAGUAGUUGAGUGGAUAAAUGAGUGAGGGAGGGAGUGAUGAAGUAAGUUGUUAUUAUUAAUGUUUUUACUAUUGCUAUUAUUAUUUCCAUCUUAAUUGUUAUGUAUGAUCACCUGAUCACCAUUUUUAUGAAUUAUAAUUAUUAUUAUCAUAAUAAUAAUAUUAAUUAUUAUUAUUAUUGUUGUAUAGUUAUCAUUAUUUCUGCAGUGAGAGAAAGUGCAAAUAAAACAAAUGAAAAUGAAAGAGAAUUUAAA